CAAAACAAUGAAAGCAAAACAGAGAGAACUCAGAGAAGGGAAGGCGAAAAGACCAAGAGAAAAAAAUUCCUCUCAGGCUAUUCCGAUCCAGAACAGAGGCAAGCGAGAGGCGGUCUGAUUCCUUUUUCUUUCUCUGAUUCAAUUCACUCCUUUCUUAAUCUUCUGUUUAUAGAUCCCAUGAUGUCUUUCUUGAACGAUAAAGGAGCUUCUUCUUCUUUUUCUUCCACUCGAAACUAUGAUGUCUUCUUGAGCUUUAGAGGUGAAGAUACCCGCGAAGGUUUUACCAGUCAUUUAUAUAAGUCUUUAUCCGACAAAGGCUUUUACACCUUCAUCGAUGAUAAACUUCGGAGGGGAGAAGAAAUUUCAGAAGAAAUUAUCCAAGCCAUAAAAAAUUCAUCGAUUUUGGUUAUUGUCUUUUCUGAAAACUAUGCAAAGUCCAAAUGGUGCUUGGAUGAACUUGCUGAGAUUGUUGACUGUAGAGAAAAGGACCAGGAGGUUCAAAUUCGUCCAAUUUUUUACAAUGUUGAUCCAUCAGAAAUUCGAAAUCAAAAGGGAAACUUUGGAAUAGCACUGGCUAAUCAUGAAAUGAAGUUCAAGAAUAACAAGGAUAAGGUGCAGAGGUGGAGGGAUGCUCUAAGAAAAGCAGCUAAUGCAUCUGGAUGGCAUUACAAGAAAGGAUUUGGUAAAUUGUCAAUGCAUGACUUGAUACAACAAAUGGGCAAGGAAGUUGUUCGACAACAAGCACCAAACAUUCUUAGAAAACGUAGUAGGUUAUGUCGUUAUGAGGAUUCACUUAAAGUACUAACUACAAAUAAGGGUUCAGAACACAUUCGAGGCAUAAUGUUGCAUUCGCCUCAACUAGCAAAGGUGCAACUACACACUAAAGCUUUCAGAAGGAUGGAAAAUCUCAAAUUUCUAAUAGUUGAGAAUGUACAUAUUUGUAAACCACUUGAAUUUCUUCCCAACAAUUUAAUACUUCUUAAGUGGCCCUAUUAUCCUUUUCACUGGCCAUUAGAAUAUUUUCCUGAACAACUUGUUGCUAUUGAGAUGCCACAUAGUCGCAUCAGAUUGUCAAAGCUAAUCAAGCAGGAGUGCCGGUUAGAAAAUUUGAAAGACGUCAAUUUUGAAGAUUGUGAACUUAUUAGGAUUUUACCUAAAUUAUGGGUCCCAAAUUUAGGGAACUUGAACCUCUCUUAUUGUAAAAAUUUAGUUAAAUUACCUAAAUUAUGGGCCCCAAAUUUAGAGGAUUUGAACCUCCGUUAUUGUGAAAAUUUAGUUGAGAUUGAUGAAUGCUUUGGAUAUCUUGAAAAGCUUAGAAUAUGGUAUCUCAGUGGUUGCAUAAAACUUCAAUUUCUUCCGAGCCAACUCAGGUUGAAAUCUCUUAAUUCUUUUUAUCUUACUGGCUGUUCAAGGCUUGAGAAGCUCCCUGAUUUUCAUCAAGAAAUGGAAUGUUUAGAGGGUUUAUAUUUAAGUGGGAGUGGUAUUAGAGAGGUGCCUUCAUCAAUCGAGCAUCUCACCAAGCUUAGAACAUUAAUCCUUCAUAAUUGCAAAAACCUUCGGGAUCUUCCAAAUAGCAUUUAUAAAUUGCGACGGCUUUGGGAAUUGUGGACUUCUACUACCAAAUUGAGACCAACGUGCAAUUCUUUUGAUAGCUCUUCCGAGGGCUAUGAAGCCAUAAUUGAAUUAGAUCUUUUGACGAAGCCUGAUUACUUCCCCGCAUUGGAAAUAUUAGAACUAUUUGAAACAAAUAUUGUUACCAUCCCUGAAAGCAUUUGCAGAUUUCCCAAAUUAAGACGCCUUUCUAUUACGAAUUGCAAGCUUCUUCGUGAAAUUCUAGGACUUUCCCCAUUGGUAAAAAUUGUUCCUGCAGAGAAUUGCAUGUUGUUGAAUUCUCAAUCAGCAAGCGGGCUAUUGAAUCAGGUAAUAGAAUCGAUUGGGAUUUUACCAAAUAGAGUAUGUGGUAGUGCAAGAAGCACCAAUUACUUCCCAUCUGAAUCUGAAGAUGGGGACAUAUCAAUGGAUUGGCAGUUCUCCAAUCAUUUCUCAUUUGAAACUGAGGGCGUUGAAUAUGAAAAUCAGUUGUCCAAUCGUACUAUUACUUUUUGGGAAACUGAGAUGCCAAAAUGGUUUAAUCAUCAAAGUGUUGAAAAUUCCAUAUUUUUCUGGGUUGGUCGCAAAUUUCCAAAAUUGGCUGUCGGUAUUGUUCUUGGACGACAGGUCUUUGAUGUCUGUGUUUACAUUUCCAUCAAUAGUUAUCAAAAAUGUGAAUAUGAGUAUAUUAGACACUAUGGAAAUAAUUGUAAUCUACAUUUAUUUUCUCCACCUCAACGGUCUCUGCAGGAGCAUUUGAAUAAGUCAAAUCCAACUGACCAGAAUCAUGUUAAGGUUACAUAUAUAAUCCAUUCCCCAUAUUUUUUUGACCUUACAUAUAGAAACUGUGACAGUAGGAAUCGUAUAGAAAGGUGGGGGUCCCACGUAGAAUGCACUUGUCCUUCUCAAGAAUCUGCUAUACCUAACUUGCCCCUUCUUACUGCUGGACAUGAUGAUGAUUGGUGGUGAUGUUGAUUACAACAAAUGAAUACGACUUAGCCUUGGUUGGGUUUUGUUUUUUUUCAACUUCAAUGGCCCAAGACUCUGUUAACUUCACUCUCUAUUCAUCGUCGUUUCUGUCUAUUUUCUUCUUGCAUUUGAUGACAAGUUGACUGGGAUGGUUGCAGUUGAAGUCACUGGUGAGAAAGAUCCCAGAGACAUUCUCCUCAACCAUAGAGUACUUGACCUCAUUCUGUGAUCCACUUGUUGAAGGAACUCAUGCUGACUUGAUGUCAAGCAUGUCAACAGUAUCCCAAGCACCAACGCGUGCAAUAUUUUCUGUCAGGCAAACUGUGAAAUGUAAACCACCCAAAGGCCUCUUUUACCAUGUUACACUUGAAAGCGUGAAAAAAUUUGAGAAUCAUGGUGUGAUAUAUGAACCUGAAGUUAGAGACAUCAUUGCCAUAACAAGUGUAAGACCAAAAUGCAUUGAUGAUUUAGAAAGACCAAACAAGUCCGAUCUUGUUGCUUUUGUUCUAAGCGUAAGAUAUGAAAGAUUUUUGACAAUACUAUCCUCAAAACCUAUCUUGUUAGAACAUGGCAAGAACAAGAAGAGACAGAAUAUUUAUGCAGUUCCCUUGAUAAACAUGACCACAAAUAUUCGUAUAUGGAGGGCCUUGAACUCUAAGUUGGAAGGUGGGAACUUAAACAUCAUUUAGAAUGUGCUGCAAUCUAGUUCUAUGGUAAAAUUUUUGGUAAUUUCUUAUUUCAACUGUCAGAUGUAAUAUGAAUGGAGUAGUUGGUUUUCUUGAAUAUUUUCAAGAGCAAAUGUGGCACUAACCCAUGCAAGGUAACACAUUAUAGACUUGACUAUGGGCAGCUCAAACAUAUUUUGGGGCUUUGAUAGUUUUUGCAAUUCAUAGGCAUGGUUUACUGUGCAGGCAUUGCCUUUGGAUACUGGGAAAUGAAGUAACUUUAACUAAAAGUUGCACUAUUUGGAAGGAAUUAGUCAUUGAUGCCAAAAAAAGGGUGUGUUUCUACAAUGCUGAUGUGGACAAGAGCUUGGCUCAGGCUAUUACGGUUGCCUUGGUUGAGCAUAACCAAAUACACAUUUUACUUUACAUGGAUUCCUUUCUGUUCAGAGAGGCCAAAUGGAAGGUCUCUUUCAGCAAUGAUUUUUGAAAUCCAUGUCAAGAGUGAAAAAUACUAAGACUUGUAAAAAAGUGCUUACUUUAUUGGAAAAUCUAGCAAAUGGUUGGCAUCAAUAACAUAGGAAGGAAAACCUCUUUUUUUAUUGGGGAACUUCUUCCCAAUUAUUAGAACAGUACAAGGUCAAUGGGUUGCUGAAUCUUGUUUGGACUAUAGACAUCCUCAAGGAAAAUUCAUGUUACAUUCAAAUUUUGAAGACAAGACAUGCAUGUUUAAUUGAAGGAUAGUUUGAAGGACUAACGGUUUCUCCUAUCAAUGAUAUUCAGAAAUAACUCCACUAUGGGGAGAGGUGUUGUUAGGAAAUGGCUGAGAAAGUUGCCUAAUGAGUAAUGAGCUCUGCUAAAUUGCAUGAAGUAAAGUCUCAAUGGGAAGUACUGGUUAUAGAUGAAGCUGCUCAACUUGAGGAAUGUGAAUCCACCAUUCCUUUACAACUUCCCGGCCACUGCCUCACUACUCUCAUUGGGGAUGAGCAGCAACUCCCUGCGAUGGUUAAAAGCAAGGUCUCUUUCAGCAAUGACUUUUUGAAAUCCAUGUCGAAAGUUGAAAAUGCUGAGACUUGUAAAGAAGUGCUUACUUUAUUGGAAAAACUUGCAAAUGGUUGGUGUCAACCUCUCGAAAUGAAAAAACUCUUUUACCAUCAUGGAACUUCUUCCUAGUUAUUAGAGCAGUACAAGGUCAAUGGGUUGCUAAAUCUUGUUUGGACGGUUGACAUACUUGAGGAGGAUUCAUAGUACAUUCAGAUUUUGAAGGUCUGGAACAUUUUGCCAUUAUCUGAAAUGCCAAGACUAGCAAAUCGUCUUGGUGUCUUAUUUGAGAAUUACACAGUGGAUAAGAUGAAUCGCUGCAAACACAAAAGUCUCAACAGCUGGUCCGUCGUUGAAGAAUUUGGCUUCAAGUUUUGCAGGAGUUCGAUCAUACGCAAAUUAAUCUUUGGAGGUCUUUGGUGGUUCCAAUGAGAUGGCCAAUAGGCUCAAAUAGUUGUACUGAAGCUGAUCCUGUGCAAUCACUAUCAGAACCAUUGGCUUCACUCAGUCUGAGGGAUGAUUCAGAAUCAUCAUCUACAACUUUUA